AUGCCGACGCCCGUUAGCGCCGCCAGGCAAUGCCUGACGCCGGAGGCGGCGGCGGCCCUCGACGACGCGGUGGCGGUGUCCCGACGCCGCGGCCACGGCCAGACGACGUCGCUACACAUGAUCUCCUCCCUCCUCGCCCUCCCAAGCUCCUCCCUGCGCGAGGCCUGCGCCCGUGCCCGGCAUGGCGCAGGCGCGUACUCCACUAGAGUUCAAUUCAAGGCUCUCGAGCUCUCCCUGACCGUCUCCCUCGACCGGCUGCCGUCCAAUUCGUACAACCGGACCGAAAUCGGGCCGCCUGUCUCCAACUCCCUGAUGGCCGCCAUCAAGAGGUCGCAGGCGAACCAGAGGCGGCAGCCGGAGAACUACACCUUCUACCACCAGCAGCAGAUGCAGCAGAAGCAGCUGAACCAGUCGUAUUCCUCCUCGAUCCCCGUCGUGAAGGUCGAGCUCCAGAAUCUGGUGGUCUCGAUCCUCGACGACCCUCUGGUGAGCAGGGUUUUUGGCGAGGCGGGCUUCAGGAAUUUCGACAUAAAAAUGGCCCUGCUCAGAAAGGGGGCCGGCGGGUUCUAUUCACCGCAGGUGGUCGGUUAUACCUCGAGGUACAAGCGGCCGAAUCCACCUUUAUUUCUGUGCAAUUUUCCUUUCGUGGGCUGUUUUCCCGGGGACGACGAGAAUCUGAGGAGAAUUUUCGAGAUUAUGAGGAGGGAGAAAAAGCGGUGCCCACUUCUUGUUGGGGUUUCUGCAGGUGAUGCAUUGAAAAUGUUGUUGGAGAAGAUGAGUAAAGGCUUGGGCUUUUCGGAUGGGCUUUUCAAUGGGCUGAGGGUUGUUUGCAUUAAAGAUGAGAUUUCUAGGUGUCUGAAUGGGGAUUUUGAUGAUGGGCCAUUGAGAUUGAAGCUUGAGGAGAUGGAGAAAAUGGUGGAGGGUUGUAAAGUGGUGGUGAAUUUUGGAGAUUUCAAUGAAUUGGGUGUUGAAAGUGAAGACAUUAAUGUUGAUGGUCUAAGGAUUUUGGUGAAGAGAUUGGGUAAAUUGGUUGAGGUUUAUGGUGGUAAACUGUGGAUAACUGGAGUAGCUGCAAGUUACGAGGUUUAUUUCAAGGUUUUGAAGAAAUUUCCUACAAUUGAGGAUGAUUGGGACCUGGAAAUUUUGCCCAUAACUUCAUUUAAAGUUUCUGUGGGAGGAACAUAUCCCAAAUCCAGCUUGAUGGAGUCUUUUGUUCCACUUGGCGGUUUUUUCUCAAUGCCAUCAGAGACAAAAAGUCCCUUGGGAAAUGCGUGCCAAGAUGUGGCCAGGUGCCAUCUGUGCGACGAGAAGUACGAACAAGAGGUAGCGGGCAUUUCAAAUGCGGGCCAUCAGUCCAUUUUGCCUUCAUGGUUGCACCCAGCUGAGCCCAGCCCGCAAAGCUUUUCAGCUUCCUUGAAGGGCAAAGAUGAUAGUUUGUUACUGAAUGCAAAAAUUACUGCUCUCGGGAAGAAAUGGGACGAUAUUUGCCGGCAGCAUCACUUUGGUCAGAGUUUCUUGAAAGAAUAUCAAUACACACACGUCCCAGGUUUCCGAAUUGCAGAGGGCAAAAAAGAAAAUGAGACCAACAAUGGCUGUUACAGCUCCACUAGAUCACCAAACUCUUCAUCAAAAGGAAUUAGUUCUUCAGAUAUCCACCCAAAGCCCGAUAAAAAUCUGAAUACUUUACCUAAAAACAGCGAAAUCUCAGCCGAGCCUGAAGGCAUAAGCGAUUCUUUUAAUGUUGGUACAAAUUAUGUCUUUCAAAGGUCCCCUUCUUCAGUCUCUUCUGUUACUACAGAUUUAGGUUUGGGGAUUAUUUCGCCAAUAAAUGCCGACAUGUUUUUUUCAAAUUGUCCCAAGUCAAUCUACAGAGCACUUGUCGAGAGAAUUUGUAAUCAAGAAGAAGCUAUUAGUGCCAUAGUCGAAACAAUUUCCAAAAAAUCCCGAAUGGGCCCCUGCAAUGUAUGGAUUCACAUCCGGGGGCCUGAUAAGUUGGGCAAGAAGAAACUCGGCCUGGCGCUAGCUGAAAUCCUGUACGGAAGCAGAGAAUGUCUGGUGUAUGCUGACCUGAGCUUCCAAAACGUGUCGACUCGUGUGGAGACUCUGUUUCACCAGAAUUUACCGAAUAAAUACGAAUUGAGAAUGAGGGGUACUACAGUCAUCGAUUUCUUGGUCGAGAAGCUGAGCAAAAAGCCGUCGGUUGUUUUCCUUGAAAACAUCGACAAGGCAGAUCUCGUGGUUCAGAACAGCUUGCUGGAGGCUGUGAAGAAAGGAAGAUUGACCGAUUUAAAGGGACGUGAAAUAACUAUAAGCAAUUGCAUGUUUAUUGGAAGUAGCCAAACGGCACAAAAUGGAAAAGAAAAGUCGAAUAAAUACGCCGAGGAGGUUAUACUGAAUGCUAAGGGCGGUUUACUUCGAAUGAUGAUCGGGUUCGAUCUUAACGAGGACCCCGCGAAGCAAAACCCGGUUUUCUUGAACAAACGAAGGCCUAUUGAGGAAAACACGAUCGUAGAUUAUCGUGAAAGAGCAUGCAAGGCAUCAAAAUCGAGUCUUGAUCAUUUGGGGCUUGAUCUGAACCUGCCAGCUGAUGGUGGAGAAAUAUUCGACAUUUCCUCUCGAAAUUCCGAGUCGGAUUCGGGUUCGGAAAAUUCAACCACUUGGGUGGAGGAUUUCGAGGGGUUAAUCGACCGGACAGUGGUUUUCAGUCCGGUUGAUUUCGACGGGCUCUCAGAGAGAGUUUCUGAGGAGAUCAAUUCGUGUUUGCGACUUGCAGGUGGGUUCAGGUGCUCGGUUGAGAUAGAAACGAACGUGAUGCGUCAGAUUCUUGCGGGAAUGUACUUGUUCGGGAACAAGAGGAUCGAGGAUUGGAUCAAGAAUGUGGUCCGAAGGGCAUUUUUGGAAGUUGUGGGGAAAUUCGGCACCAGUGUUUGUUCGUUCUUGAAAAUUGUCGGGUGCGAAGGCACCCUUUUGUGUGAGGAGCUACUUCCGGGCCAGAUUUUCGCCGGGUAA